UGGCCGGUUAGAGCCAACGGUUUCUAAUCCCGGCGAUAUUGGCCAAGCGGCGCGAGUAUUCGCAAGUGCAAUAUGGAACCGACAGCACAAACAAAAGGCAGUUCCGAAUCCGAACUACGGGAAGACGUACCCAACGAUAAUCCCGAGACGUACUGUCGAUUAUGUUUCUCCGAAACCAAUGUGCAUCCUCUCUUCCCACAGCACGGAGGCCUGAUACGUGAGAUGACGGAAAAGAUAAGAAAGUGCGCCGGCAUUCAUAUCAGUGUGCGGGACGACUAUCCGGCAGGAUUGUGUUUUGCGUGCCUAUCGAUACUAGAGGAAAUUCACCAAUUUCAGCAACGAAGUAAACACUGUGACGAAAUCAUCCGUACGAAGCGUGGUCUUCUGGAGCAAAUCACCGUGAAGGUGGAAAUGACCGAGGAAGACGGUGUGCACUUUGUCCCUCCUGGUGGGGGUAGCUGUGCAGGCCUGACAGCUGGUGAAGACUAUACAAACGACGAUUGUCUUACCGAGAGCAGUAUUAUUGCAGAAGCUAUUACUAGUUUGAAUGGAAUCGGCGAACUGAUGGGAGCAUUUCAUAGCAGUACCGAUUCAUCGUCCACACCGUUGUUGUUAAAAACGGAGGUAGAGGCUAGUCCUGGUAGUAAGGAUCACCGGUGUAUGGUUUGUAGCAAGCUUUUUCCGGAUCGUGAUGCUUGGAUGAUCCAUUUGGCAGAGCAUGCCGAUGAACGACCUUACCAGUGCAUGGAGUGUUUGGCUCAGUUUCGCGAAAAAAGAUCCCUUGCCAGACACAUGAAAGCCGUGCACGAAGAAGUGCGCGAUCGCCAGUGUCCAUAUUGUCCUAAGUCAUUCAAAUACAGUCAUCAUCUGCGAUACCACAUACGAACGCACACGGGAGAGAAACCGUACGUGUGCGAAAUAUGCAACGAUUGCUUUUCGCAGCACAUACAAUGGAAGCGGCAUAUGACAAAGCAUCAGCUGGUGCGCAAACCACCUCCACCUCCACCACCAGUUGCCAUCACACCGCGUAGCACACCUGCCGAAGAACCAAAAACAAUCAAAUGUGAAUUUUGUCCCCGAGUAUUCACUCGCCUGCAAGACUACCGGAGGCACCAACCGAGCCAUAAUGCACACAAUCUUAAUUUAAGCUCCUUGCAGCACCAUGCGCAACUACAUCACAUACAGCAACAUCAGCAGCAAUCUAGUUUACAACAAAACAAUAUAAUACUACAGCACCCGCAACAAGACAACCACCACCUCGCACAUCUAGGCUCGCAAUUAUCUCACAGAGAUUAG